UUGUGGUCACAGUCUGUCUCAAAUAUCAGUCCACAGUGGAGACUCGAGGCAGCUGCUCUCUGCAGGUUUGAUGCCCCUUUCAGAGGCUGCUUGCUUUGGCUGAGAAUGACCCUCCCUCUCCGCCGUGCAGGGAUGGCCGCCACCACCGGGAACCUCUCCGAAGAGCAGGUGCACUGCUCCAUCUGCCUGGACGUCUUCACCAACCCCGUGUCCAUCCCCUGCGGACACAACUUCUGCCAGGGCUGCAUCCUGGGAUACUGGAAAACCAGCCCCCUGUACCAGUGCCCCAUGUGCAAGAAGUCCUUCUACAAGAGGCCCGACAUCAGCGUGAACACCGUGCUGAGGGAAAUCGCAGAGCAGUUCAAGCAGAUCCGGGUGAAGGGCGUGGACGGGAAGGCGGGCGGGGAGGAACGGGAAGAGAAGGCAAAGAAGUGGACGAUGGAGAAGAGGAAAAAGGAGGAUGAGGAGCGGCUUUUGGAGGGCGAUCAGAAGCAGCAGCUUCUGGAGGAGUUGAAGAAGAAGCAAGAGAUGAAGCUGAAGAAAGAAAAGUCAAAGGAGGUCUUGCCACCAUUAAUCCCUCCAGUUUCAGCAACUUCUCGUCCAUCAUCACCCCAAGCUGCAGCUCCGCUGCCCCGGACAUCACCCCCACCCUCGUCCUCUCCCCCUCCUCAGACUGUACCCCCUUCCCCGUCCCCCUCGCCCCCGUCCCCCCCCUGGGAGGAGGUCCUGUGUGACGUCUGCCUGGGGGACGGCCGGCCCAAGGCCGCCAAGUCCUGCCUCGUGUGCCUGACCUCCUACUGCGAGGAGCACCUGAAGUCUCACACCGCCAGGUUCACCAAGCACAAGCUGAUAGAGCCCGUGGCCAACAUGGCGGACAGGAUGUGCCCCAAGCACGAGCGGCUGCUGGAGCUCUUCUGCAAGAAGGAUCAGACUUGUGUGUGCGUCCUCUGCACGGAAACCGACCACAGAGCGCACUACACCGUCCCUGUCGAGAGGGAAUGGACCGAGAAGAAGGCACAGCUGAAACGGACCGAAGUAGACGUCCAGCAGAUGAUCCAGGACCGGGUGAGGAAGGUGGAAGAGAUUAAACAUUCUGUGGAGCUCCACAAGGCCAGUACCAAGAAGGAGGUGGAUGAAAGCAUGCAGGUCUUCUCGGAGCUGGUGCGCUCCAUCCAGAAGACUCAGGCCGAGCUGGUUCUGGUCAUCGAGGAGAAGCAGAGGCAGACGCAGAGGUGGGCCGAGGGCCUCAUCGCCCAGCUGGAGCAGGAGAUCACCCAGCUGCAGAGGAGGAACACGGAUCUGGAAAACAUGGCUCGCACCGACCACAUUAACUUCUUAAAGAGCUUCCCGGCCCUCAGCACUCCUCCAGCGGUGAAAGACUGGUCUGGGACCAGUGUUCCCACUGACACCUGCGUGGGCAUGAUCAGGAGAUCUGUGUCCCAGCUGGAGGCAACGUUAAGAGAAAUGAUUGAAAAGCUGUCUGAGAGUGAAAUCAAAAAGAUUCUGAAAUAUUCAGUGGACAUCACUCUGGAUCCCGACACAGCUAAUCCGUGGUUGCAGCUCUCCCAGGACCGGCACCAGGUGAGGCACCUGGGGGCCUGGCAGGACCUCCCCGACCACCCCGAGCGCUUCGACACCGUAGUCAUAGUGCUCGCGCGCGAGGGCUUCACCUCCGGCAGACACUACUGGGAGGUCCAGGUAGGGGACAAGGACGACUGGUACUUAGGAGUGGCCAAGUCCACUGUCAACAGAAAGGGCAGGAUUUCUGUGAGCAAGGGCCAAGGCUAUUGGGCUCUGGCCAUGAAGAAAGGCCAGGGGUAUCGGGUGUCAACAUCCCCACCGUUACUGCUCUCCCUCGAUGCAAAACCCAAGAGAGUGGGCGUAUACGUGGACAUCGAAGAAGGUCAAUUGUCUUUUUAUGACGUCAAAGCUCUGACCCACAUUUACACAUUCAAAGACACCUUCACAGAGAAGAUCCUGCCCUUCUUCUACCUUUACUGCUGCGACAAAGCUUCCGAUACCAUGGUGAUAUGUCCCGUGAACGAGAGCAGCCUAAUAAAGCAGAGCUAAACAAUGUUUGACAACAAAAACAAUGGUGAAAUAGACUUGUACUCCUUAAAUUGAUGAAAUCAUGAGUUUAUGUCAGGGGUAUUCAAUUGGCGGCCCGCGGGCCACAUGCGGCCCGCCAGGAGCUUUUAUGUGGCCCCUGGUCAUAUUUCAAAAAGGGGGUGUUUGUUGAAAAAAAAAAAAAAAAAACAAUUUUUUUUUUUUUUUUAAUAAUAUUUUUAUAACUGGCUACUAUGGACUAAAAUGGUUGUGCUCAAUGCUUAAUAUAAUA